AUGUUUUUCAGCUCGAAAUCAACCGGAAAAGGCAGCGAGGAAAAUGGACUCCGCAGAGGUCAGGAGCUCAAAAGCGGUUCACGGCGGUGGCGGCGGCGGCGGCGGCGGAUACACUCUCUCCCGGCAGUCCGGUUCGCGAACGAGGACAUACUAUUCUGCAUUGACGUCGGCCCGGAAACGUUGGCGGAGAUGAAGGUGAACGGGCCCAACGGUCGGCCCUACACCCGAUUGGAAUCAAUAAAGCAGGCGAUUAUGCUAUUCGUGCACUCGAAGCUCAGCAUCAAUCCCGAUCACCGUUUCGCGUUCUCCGCCCUCUCCAAAUCCACCUAUUGGCUCCGGAAAGAUUUCAGCAGUGAAGUUGAUGCAUCACUUUCUGCUCUACGAGGUCUCUCAGUGGAUUCAUCCGCUAGUCAGGCAGAUCUCACUCAGCUUUUCAAAGUAGCAACUCAUGAAGCAAAGAAAUCCCGUGCUCAAAAUCGUAUAUUCCGCGUGAUCUUGAUCUACUGUAGGUCAUCCAUGCCGCCACAAUCCCAGUUGCCUUCAACUCUGAAGCUCUUCACCUUGGAUGUGAUGUACCUACACGACAAACCUGGACCUGAUAACUGUCCACAAGUGGUGUAUGAUACACUGGUUGACGCCCUCGAACGAAUCAGUGAGUUCGAAGGCUAUAUAUUCGAGAGUGGUCAAGGACUGACUCGUGCCCUUUUCCGAAACAUGUGCCAGUUGUUGUGCCAUCCUCAGCAGCGUUGCAUUCAGGACGAACUGGACCUUCCCAAGUCUCUGGUGAAGAAGUCUCCUGCAGCUGACGCGUUGCAAGGGGAUGACAACGUCGUCGUCUCCAGCCAGUGACUGAAAUGUAAUUAUCAAGAAUCUAAGGUAACUCUCCAGCCACCAUAAUGCUGUUUUAUCUGUCUGAAUUUGUUAGCUCUAUUACGGUAAAUUUGAUGGAGUGUUUAUUAAAUUCA